GUGUAGAGAAGUUGCAAAAUGGAGGAAUUUCUUGUGGCAGUUCUCUCGAUGCUUCUUGUUGCUGCAUUGGUUCCUCUGUUUCUGUGGCGACGCUAUCAGGACUCCCGCUCCGGUCAUGCACACGAAGAUGAAGAUCAGGUUCCUCAGAGAGAAACGGUGGUUCGUGCUACUGGUGGUGGCCGUCGUAUGCGCCGGAGACCUGCUAUGGCUGCUAGUUCGUCGAAUGCAGAGGCAAGUCUGGAAGAUAAUGCUGAUGGAAGUGAUGAUGAAAUUGUGGCUGAAGAAUACCAUGGAGGAAGAGUGUUGAAGAAGAAAGAAAAGAAGCGACAAGAGCGGGAGGCACAAAGACAGGCUGAACAAGCUUCACGUGACUCAAGGUUGACAAAACAAGAUCGUUAUGCAGAAAUACGGAGGAAAAAAGAUGAGGAGCGUGAAGAGCAGGAACGGUUACUGGAAGAAGAAGCCAAGGCACGGAAGGCCAAGGAGGAAGAGGCUGCUGCACUUGAGUUUGAGAAGUGGAAAGGGGCAUUUUCAGUUGACGCUGAAGGUACAACUGAAGCUGAAGUGGAAGGCGGAAAUCAAGAUUUGCUGACUGCUUUUGUGGAAUAUAUAAAGAGUCAUAAAUGUGUCCCAUUGGAAGAUCUUGCUGCAGAAUUUAAAUUAAGAACUCAGGAAUGUAUUAAUCGGAUCACCUCCCUGGAGAGUAUGGGACGACUUUCUGGCGUUAUGGAUGAUAGAGGAAAAUACAUAUACAUAUCAAAGGAAGAAAUGCAAGCGGUAGCUGAUUUCAUCAAGCGUCAGGGAAGAGUUAGCAUCUCACAUCUAGCUAGUAAGUCCAACCAGUUCAUUGAUUUGGAACCAAAACUCCAGUUGGUUGAGGAAAUCAAUGUUGAGGAGAUAGCUGUCUCUUGAUACACGUUAAUUUUGAAAAGGAAUGUUACACAUCAAAUAAUCAUUAUCAACUAGUAUAUAUUUUACCCAAAGAUCGUGGGUGGAAGUCGAUAAAUCUUCAUCUCUGCACAGGUUCUUCAGAACUAUUGUUUUCAUGCCUGCAUUUUAUGCUUGGAUUCAUCUCGUAAUCUCAUGCCUAGAAAUAGAAGAUGAUCCAUCUGUCAGGUCUUUUUGGUUUUGGAAAAAAUGGUUGUGAUGUAUGGGAAACUAUUGGAGGAUGUUAAUAGACAGGAAGUUUUCUGAAGUGAAGCAAAUGGUGGUAGCGGGCACUCGAGUGGCUAAACAAUUUCGCUGAGAAUAGGACUAAUGAUUCACACAUUUUCUUCUUGGUGUACUGUUUUUAAUCGACAGAGUUAGAUCCGUGAAAACAAAUAAUUAGUUGUUUGUCUUUGAGUAAGUGUUUUGAAUGUUUAUCAUGUUUAGAAUUGCUUAAUACGAAUGAUUGUGAUUUGAGGAAAUAGUUGAGGUGGCCGGUGGGUCGUAAAUUUACUCAAA